GAGGAAGAAAAUUCCCUCAUGUAUCGUUUUAGAAAAGUAUGAAUCUCCGAAGGAGUUUUAAAAUACUGAAUUUCCUCAUGUCAUCAAGAGCUUUGUACUAAAAUGCCUUUAGUUAUUAUCUGUGGGUACCCGUGCAGUGGUAAAACCCAACGAGCUCAUGAUCUGAGAGAUUACUUCACGCAAAAUACUGAAAGAAAGGUUCAUCUUGUCGGAGAGGAAGCUCAAGGAAUUGAUAAGAACUCUGUGUAUGCAGACUCGCAGAAAGAGAAGGACCUGAGAGGAGCACUGCGAGCUGAAGUGGAGAGGAAAGUCAAUAAAGAUGACAUUGUGAUUCUUGAUUCCUUGAAUUACAUUAAAGGCUACAGAUAUGAGCUGUUUUGCCUCAUCAAACAUACACAGACACCCCAUUGUUUGGUGUACUGUUUGACGUCAGCUGAUGUGAGCUCAGAAUGGAAUAAAGGUAGAGAGGUUGAUUCUCAGUACACUCAGGAAAUUCUUGAUGGUCUUGUACUGAGAUUUGAAGCACCUGAUUCAAGGAACAGAUGGGAUAGUCCACUCUUUACUAUUCAGAAAGAGGACACGCUUCCAUAUGAAGCCAUCUGUGAUGCACUUUUCAAAAGAAAAGCACCACCACCUAAUCAGUCCACGCUAAGUCAACCGCUCUCGUCCACCAACCUUCUGUACGAGUUGGACAAAGUUACUCAAGAUGUCCUAAUGGCUGUUCUUGACUCACAGAAGACCUGCGUCCCCGGGGAUCUCAUUUCCAUUCCUGGAGCUAAAGAAAAGAUAUCCUUUUUCCGCUAAAGGUUUUUUCUUGCCUUGUUGUGCUCUUAAUUGUACUUUGAUUCUUAGAAAGAAAUGUCAUGUUGUGGUGCUUUGUUGUGCCACCAGACAUCACGGCUCUGAUAUUUCUCAUAUAUUUCUGUCGAAACAUAAAUGUCCUGACAUAAGUGUUAAAAAAGAUUACAACAGAAAAGUAAGGUCAAGUGUGGAAUUUUAAUAACCUCAAAUUAAAUUUUGUAUACUAUGUUGAUUCUAAUUGAAUUGGUGUUAAAGUAAUAGACAUAAAUACACACACACAUCAAAGUGUGUUAUUUCUUUUUGAUGCAAUUGCAGUUCAAUGACCGCUCGAUAACAGUUUUAGCUUUCAGACAGUAGAUAGAGGGAAGUGACCGGUGGCCCUUUUGAAAUAAUACAUGAUUUAAAAGGGAUAUUCCUAGAAAGUAAUUUAUAGAUAUUCUUUAUUCUCUUUAUACUUGAUGUCUUCAAGGUCUCUAGGAUGGGUAUAUGCCAAAUAACCUUGCAUGACUGAUGAUCAAGAUGAAACCAUAUAAUGUCAUGUACGAUAUUGUCACAGCUUAAUUUUCUUAACCUCUUUAAUACAUCAAACUCACAAGAAGUCUUAACAUGGUGGAGUUGAGGAAACUCAGACGCCAGUUCAUCAGUUAUACCAAGAUGCAUCCAACAGAGAACAUUGGACAGAUUGCCAACAUGUUUGUGCAGUAUCUUAAUAAGAGUAUGCACUAACAACAGUUCUUACCAUUGCAUUCUUUUUCAUUGUUAUUAUUGUUUAGGUCAUAUUUAUUGUUUUCAAUGUGCAUUUUAACAGUGUAUAACUUUUGAGUGCAAUAAAAUGUGAA